GCCCGUGUCACUGCAAAGGGCAAAGCCUUCUGAAAUAGCAACAAAGUUGUUCACAAACCACUUUGAGGUUUACAGUUGGUUUCGGGCAGCUUCACAACUCGUGGCCAUGAGGAAAACAAGCUGCCCGUGUGUGUCCGGCCGGGGGAGGAGCGCGGCCGCGUGAAGGUGCGAAGGGGCAGCGAUGGUGGCUGGGCAGAGCGCGGAGGAGCUGGGCCAGCAGAGCCCGCCGAUGGCAGCGGGCGAGCGUGAGGAACGCGGCCGCUGCCGGCUCCCGGCUGCACCAGGUUGUGGAACAUUCACCUUUCUAUCUUCUGCCAUUGCUGCUGUAAGUGGACUUCUGAUGGGCUAUGAGUUGGGCCUUAUCUCUGGAGCACUUCUUCAGAUGAGCAGCAUUUUAACACUCUCCUGCAAAGAGCAGGAAGUGGUUGUAAGUUCCCUGCUCUUUGGGGCCUUAUUUGCAUCCCUUACGGGUGGAUUUCUUAUAGACAGAUUUGGAAGGAGACUUGCUAUUAUUAUUGCAUCUUUUUUACUUGUGGUGGGGAGUCUGAUUUUGCUGCCCUAUGAAUCAUACGAGAUACUCAUUGUGGGCCGGAUUGCCAUAGGUAUUUCCAUAUCAUUGUCAUCAAUUGCAACCUGUGUGUAUAUUGCUGAGAUCGCCCCGCAGCACAGAAGAGGCCUCCUCGUGUCAUUGAAUGAACUCAUGAUUGUGAUAGGCAUUCUCUUUGCCUAUAUUUCAAAUUAUGCAUUUGCCAGCAUAUCUCGUGGCUGGAAGUACAUGUUUGGCCUCGUGAUUCCAUUAGGUGCUUUGCAAGCUGUUGCCAUGUAUUUCCUGCCACCAAGCCCUCGGUUUCUUGUGAUGAAAAAUAACGAUGAAGCGGCGAGAAAAGUGCUGGAGAGGCUACGGGAAACAUCAGAUGCUACUAAAGAGCUUACUGUGAUUAAGUCUUCUCUGAAAGAUGAACAUCAGUAUAGUUUCUUGGACCUGUUUCGUUCAAAAAACAACAUGAGGGCCCGAAUGCUGGUAGGACUUACUCUAGUGUUUUUUGUGCAAACUACUGGGCAACCCAACAUUUUAUUUUAUGCAUCGACUGUUUUGAAGUCAGUUGGGUUCCAGAGCAAUGAAGCUGCCAGCUUGGCUUCUACAGGAGUCGGAGUUGUUAAAGUGGUCAGCACAGUCCCAGCCACAUUUUUUGUGGAUCAAGUUGGAAGUAAAACUUUUCUGUGUGUUGGCUCUUCAGUUAUGGCAAUAUCGUUGGUUACUAUGGGCUUAGUGAACCAUAACCUGCAUGUGAAUUUCACCAAGGUCUGUAGAAGCCAGUCUCCAGAGGAUUUCUCUCUUCAGAGACCAGGAAACUUCACUGCCACCAAUGGGAGUCUCAAGGACCUCUUUGCUAUCAUGGCUUCAACAGAAAGAUUGUUAUUUGAUGUACAAAGCCCAGAUGUUGCCAAGACAGGAGAACUGAACAGGACUGCCCUGGCAGGAGGCAAAAGCACAACAGGGUCUCACAUGGAAAGUGGUGAGGUUCCUGUUGUCCUGAAAUGGCUCUCACUGGCCAGCCUGCUUGUCUAUGUUGCUGCAUUUUCCAUAGGUCUUGGACCAAUGUCCUGGUUGGUCCUGAGUGAAAUUUUCCCCGGUGGGAUCAGAGGACGGGCCAUGGCUUUGACAUCUAGCAUGAACUGGGGUAUAAAUCUCCUCAUCUCCUUGACGUUUUUGACUGUAACUGAGCUCAUUGGCUUGUCCUGGGUGUGCUUCAUUUACACAAUAAUGAGCCUAGCAUCACUGGCUUUUGUUAUCAUGUUUAUACCAGAGACGAAAGGAUGCUCUUUGGAGCAAAUAUCCAUGGAACUAGCUAAACGGAAAUCCGUGAGGACGCCCUUGUGCAGGGUGAGCCAGCGCAGAGAGAAACUGGUGCCCGUGGAACUUGCCAAGAGAGAGAAAGAGCAGCUCUACUAGACGCGGGACAAGCAAAGCAGCCUUCACCAAAAAACGGAUUGACAAAAGAAAAAUGCUCUGUGAUGCUCACACUCUUAUGGGAUACGUGGUAUUGUUAUACACAAGAUACUCUCUUUUUAUUUCUUGGUAGAACUUUCAGUGGCAAUUUACAGCCAACAUUAAAGGUUGUUACAGUUCAUAACUAA